CCUCAAGAGGCUAAACCCAAAACCCUUAUCCUAUCUUCUUCAAACUUUAAAAAGUUUUAAACCUUUGCAGAUUCUCUUCUCUAUCUCUAUAAUCUCUAAAGACCAUUACGGAGAUUCACCUUUACUUUCUCCUUAUUCUAAUUGGUUUGACUGAUGUUAGUAGUGAUUUUUCUGAACCCUUAUUCACAAUUACUAUGAAUUCUGAAAUGGGUUUUUAAAUCUUAUCCCUGAAGAGAUCUCUUUCUGAGGCAAAAAUGGCUCCCAAAUCUGGACGAGGUAAAGCCAACAAAGGCAAGGGAGAGAAGAAGAAAAAAGAAGAAAAAGUUGUGCCUUCUGUUAUUGAUAUAACUGUUAUCACUCCAUAUGAUUCCCAAGUUAUACUCAAGGGAAUCUCAACUGAUAAGAUUCUUGAUGUAAGAAGGCUAUUGGCUAGUAAUGUUGAGACCUGCCAUUUUACUAACUAUUCCCUGUCUCAUGAGGUUAGAGGGCUGAGAUUAAAGGACACAGUUGAUGUAACUUCUCUGAAACCUUUUUUGUUGAAGAUGGCUGAAGAGGACUACAUAGAAGAGGAGCAAGCUGUGGCACAAGUGCGAAGGUUAUUGGACAUCGUUGCAUGCACCACCUGGUUCGGCAAACAGAAAGAUGGAAGUAUUGAAUUUCGAGCCAAGAAGACCAGAAACCAAAGCUCGAGUUCGAGUUCUUGCCCUCCUUUGUCCUCGAAUGAAGGAGAAGUGCGAUCUGGGUCUGCUUCAGAAGCAUCGAUUUCUGCAAUUUCAGAUAAAUUCGACAUGGUUGCCAUUCACCCUACUCCGAAGCUCUCCGGUUUCUAUGAUUUCUUCUCGUUCUCCCACCUUAGUCCGCCUAUUCUGUCACUGAAGAAAUGUGAUCGUAGUGGUGUUGAAGAGAGAUGCGAGGUGGAUUAUUUUGAAAUUCAGGUUAAGAUUUGCAACGGGAAGCUCAUUAAAGUGGUUGCGUCUGUAAAGGGGUUCUACUUCACAGGGAAGCAGUUCAUCCAAAGUCGCACUUUGGUGGAUCUUCUGCAACAGUUAAGCCAGGCUUUUGCUAAUGCUUAUGGAUCCUUAAUGAAAGCUUUUGUAGAGCACAAUAAGUUUGGAAAUCUACCCUGUGGAUUCCGUGCAAAUACAUGGCUUGUCCCUCCAACAGUUGCUGUUUCACCAUCAAAAUUUCCAUCGCUUCCAACGGAAGAUGAAACCUGGGGUGGCAGUGGUGGGGGUCAGGGACAAAACAAGAAGUAUGAUGAUCGACCAUGGGCCAUGGAGUUUUCCAUAUUGGCAAACCUUCCUUCAAAAACUGAGGAAGAGAGAUUGGUCCGUGAUAGAAAGGCAUUUUUGCUCCAUAAUCUAUUUGUGGAUGUCUCAAUCCGUAAAGCUGUUUCAGCAAUUCGACAACUUAUGGAUGCCAACAUGAACACGAAAAAUUCUCAUAGUGGUCCCCCAGGUUCACUUCUGCAUGAAGAUCGUGUUGGUGACUUGUGCAUUUUAGUGAAACGGGAUGCUGAAGACACAAGUUCAAAGCUCUGUGAGAAAGUCAACACCAGCCUAGCACCUGGUAUUUCCUGUAAGGAUCUUUCUGUAAGGAAUCUUCUUAAGGGGAUAACUGCAGAUGAGAAUGUAGUGGUUCAUGAUACUUCCACAUUGGGUGUCGUUGUCAUAAGGCAUUGUGGUUACAUUGCGAUUGUGAAAGUAAAUGGUGAUGUAAAGAAGGAAAAUUGCAAAGUUCUAGACAUAAAUGUUGAUGAACAGCCAGAUGGAGGUGCCAAUGCACUAAAUAUUAACAGGUAAAUGAUUCUACCCCAGGAAAAUUAUGUAAUGACCUAUAUAUUGAUUGAUAUCUUAGCAUGUUUUAAAUAGUGACAACUAAACUGGAGAAACUGUUUCCCUGGUUCAAUCAAAACUGAAAAUAAAAUGAAUUCAAAUUUGUGUAGCUACCCAGGCGCACAAUCUCUUGUCUAGCAAGGAUGAAAUGCCAUCCUCCUUUGGAUCAUAAUUAUCACAACCUAAUACAUGUGCAUGCAUAGCAAAGAAAUACAGGAGGUAACCAUUAAUGGUACAAUGUUAAGAUUUUCAUAUAUAUAAUGCCUCUUUGAAGGUGACCUUUAACUAUACAACAGAAGAAUCAGAAUCUAUUAUAUUUACAAGUGACUUUCCCCAUAACAAAAGAUCAUAUUUGUGGAGAGAAUUGUUAUUAGGGGAAAUUAAAAAGUCAUAUCGUCAGAAGUAAGAGUCCUCGAACAAUUUGCUACAGAUUUCUUGAAAUGCAUCAUAUUGUCUGUUUCUGUCAAGCCCCCAUGCAGGUGUUGUCAAGUGUUACCCAUGUGAUGCCUGGAAACGAGGGGGCUUGUGGACAUUUCAGAUAUAAGGUUAGGUGAAGUGUGACUAGGCAUGCACCACACCUAGUUGUCUGACUGAUAAAUUGUUUUUAAAAAAUGUGCUGUUAAAUGUGAAACCACAACUACACAUGCCAUGCAUUCCAUUUAUUGAGCCAAGAUGAUGCAGUUGC